UCAGUCUUCUCCUCACGACAAACCAACGAAAUAUCUGUCCGGCGUUUCGCGUUUAGUCACAGAGAGAUGUCUGAGGAUGCGCAUCAAUACCUUAUUCAUCCGUUGUCUCUCCGCGGAGCCUGUCUUUGAAUGUUUUCCCCGAGCAUGAAUGGGGCUGCUUGAGGAUAUACGACCUUUUCUUCGUUUUUUUAGGGAAUAAGGAGCCCUUCGACAUUUGGAGAUAUGAAUUAAAGCGAUAAAGCGUCUAUGACGGGCGUUACGGGACGACUACGCGAAGCCAUCACGGCAUAUGCUUUGUCUUUGUGGAUAGGAUCAAAUCAGACUGCAUCCUCUAAAUGAAGUUACCCAGCCAUGCAAUGUUCCUGGAAGGCUGUGAUUCUGCUUGCAUUGGUGUCCAUAGCGAUCCAAUACACAGCAAUCAGGACUUUCACAGCCAAGCCUUUUCAUAUUUGCCCUGUUCCUAACCCCCUGAACUGUGGUUUGGGGCAGGAUGUGGAGUCGUUCGAUCGGAUGUGUGAUGAGUACCCAUAUUUUAAUUACAAUUCCUCAAGGAAGACUCACAUCCUCAUCUUGGCAACCACUCGCAGCGGCUCCUCUUUCGUUGGACAGUUGUUCAACCAGCACUCAGAUGUGUUCUAUCUCUUUGAACCACUCUAUCAUGUCCAAACGACCUUAAUCCCUCACCUUUCUCCCAGCAGAUACGCUGUGGAGCGCCGAGUGAUGCUGGGAGCCAGUCGUGACCUUCUUAGAAGCCUGUACAACUGCGACUUGUAUUUCCUAGAGAGUUACAUCAAACCGCAGCCGGCAAACCACACCACGGAUAAACUGUUUCGACGUGGAGCCAGCAAAGCCCUCUGUUCUAUGCCGGUUUGUGAUGCUUUCAGCCCCAAUGAUGGCAAUAUAGAAGAGGGGGAUUGUGUUCGGAAGUGUGCCUCUCUUAAUUUGACCCUAGCUACCGAAUCAUGCCGAGAAAGACGGCAUGUGGCCAUUAAAACGGUGCGUAUCCCGGAGGUCAACGAUCUUAAGGCACUGAUUGAAGACCCUCGGCUUAAUUUGAAGGUUAUACAGUUGGUAAGGGACCCACGUGGAAUAUUAUCAUCGAGGAUUGAAACCUUCCGGGACACUUACCGCCUAUGGCGGAUCUGGAGAGCCACAGGCCGUAAACCCUACAACCUGGAUUUGACCCAGCUCACGACAGUGUGUGACGACUUUCUGAACUCGGUGUCCACAGGUUUAAGCCGGCCACCGUGGCUUCGAGGACGGUACAUGCUGGUGAGAUACGAGGACCUAGCCAGAAAUCCACUCCAAAAAACCAAGGAGGUUUAUGAAUUCCUUGGACUUUCGCUGGAAAAAAGUGUGGUGGACUGGAUACAUAACAACACAAGAGGCAAUAACGAUGUGUCAGCAAAGCAUAAGUACGGCACAUUGAGGGACUCGGCGGCUAACGCAGAGAGCUGGAGGUUGAAAUUGUCUCAUGACAUAGUUGAUUACACACAAACUGUUUGUCAGCACAUUUUAGAUGAGCUCGGCUACAAAGCUGUCAACUCCCCUGAGGAGCUGAAAAACAUGUCCAUCUCUCUCAUUGAGGACAAAACCUUCAUACCUUUUUUGUAACAAAGGUAAUCACGUGCACGCACAACUAUUUUUCUACAUUUAUAUUCUUGCCUUAAUGUGACUGACAUUUGCACUAUGAACCUUUUUGUAACUUCGGAGACUCCCUCGCAGUCCCCCCUCUAUGAUAUUUCUGAACAGCACAAGAACCAAAACACUUAGCUGUAAAGAGAUCUCAACUUCACCUUGAUUGCGGCGAUUGCAUUGAGAUAGGCAACGUUCCUUAUUUAUAUAUUAGAGCAGAGCACCACACUAUUGACAAAGAAAUUCUGUAUGCUGGUCAUUGCUUUGACAACAGUGAAUGUGAAAAUUUUGUCAGUCAAAGAACCCAGACUAUUCUCAAGAUAAACACUCUUCAAUGUGGGACUGAAAAAUGCUGUCAUGUAUAAUUACAGCCGUGCAAUAAAAUUGUGAAUGUCACAGUCAGACUAUUUCUCAGGUUGUUUCUCAGUGCAAAGACUUGACUGUCAGAGAGCUUUCUGGGGGUUUAUGCUCGUGUUUGAUUUGCUUUUAGAAUGCAUAAUGUGCUGGAGCUGUACCUGGGUUAAAAAAAAAAGAAAGAAAGUAAACUCACAGUAAAAGCACUUCAGUGUGCUUGCAUUGUUUGGUUUACAAAUUAGUUGUAAAAACUCAAUGACCACUGUUUCGCCACAAUGAAGGUUUCUGUUAUAUUUUUGCCAAACGCCAUGACACUAUUUCAGAGAAAUCCAAUGCAAUCAAGUUUUUAAAGUCGACAGUUUGUUAGUUUAGAGGUUUUCAUAUGAAAUGCAUGGAAUUAUUCAUCCUUUAGAGGCUGCCCUCAUCAUCAUAUAACAAUUUUUCAUUGAUUCAGUGCAUAGGGAUUUGUAUUCAGUGUUCAUGGGAAAUCGUUCGACUCAAUGUAUGUGAAAGAGGCUAUUUUUUAAUAAAUGUAGAAAAGCAAA